UGAAGAUGGCUGUGGCAAAUUGACAGGUGGAACGAGAAACAAGUGUGUAGGUUAUGUCAAACUUCAAUUAUUAUUACCAUUUGAAAUUUAAAUAUUUAAUCUAUUUAGUUUAAAUAUAUUAAGAAAAAAAUUCACAAAAUCUUACAUGCUUUAUUAAGUGAAAUAUCUCUUUCAAAAUAUUUAUUGCUACCCAAAUGUUCUAAGAUUGUCAAGGAGUCACUCGGAGUACACCGUUCAUUGAUUUUUAGUGGUAAAAUGGCUGCAAUACGACAUGCACUCCAGCACGAGGUUUUCCAGCCCAUUGACGAACGUUUGUUGGCCUUCGUUCACGUGAGCAAAGCUUUAAAAAAGAAAAAGACCAGUUUUCUUUGUAUUUCAGUCACCAAAGAGACUCCACUUGUUGUCAAUAUUUAUCAGGUGAAGAAAAGUGAUAAAAAUGUAUUGAAAAAGAAACGUUCCUGGCCUCUAAGCUCAUUGAAAAUUGUUGACGGUAAAACUGCAUCAGCGGACACUCAAGAAUUUGAUCUCUACUUUGAUAAAGUCUACAAAUGGCAUGCUAGCAAUACCCAGGAAAGACAGAGCUUUCUGAUUGUUCUAUGGAAGCAAUGUUCGAACUACUCUCUGAAAGAGCGCCCGGAAUUCAAGAAUUUGCCCAAAGAGUGGAUGUCCGGUGAAGCUGUUUCAAUACAAGCUCAAAACAAUACUGCUAUCACCCUAGAUUCCUCGGAACCAGCUGAUCUAGAAGAAUACCAGGCUCUUACUGAGAAAGAAGAACUAGACCUUGAACAGCUGAUGAAGCAGUGCAACACAGCAGUCAGCAAUGCUGAAGCUUUCAUUGAAACGCUGACCAAAGAUCUAUCAAUUCUUGAUGGGGAGAACGUACAAAGCGUGCUGGCGUCAGAGCAGCAGGUGACGUCACUGAUGACGCAGCUGGAGGUGGCGAUGGCCGAGGUGGAGAAGGUGGAGGUGCAGCUGAACUCCUACGAGGAUGUGCUCUGUCACGUGCGCAACACCAUGCACAAGAUGGAGGAGAAGAACAUGCUCAUCGAGGUCGCCAACAAGAACAACCAGAAGCUGCUCGCCGAGCUCGAGAAAGUUGUGUACCGACUGGAGUUGCCGUCGAAACACCAGAUGGCGCUGGUGGACGCAGACCUAACGAACCCUGCCGGGCUGCAGCAGGCGAUCGAGGCCGGCAAAGCGCUGCAGGCCGUCAUGAAUGCAGAGAUCCACCCGGCACUCGUCCGCCUCACCGCCGUCCAGGACCAGAAGAAGCGGUUCGACAAGUGGAAGAGCAAGUUCUCGCAUAUCAUUUCCAGGCAUCUCAACAAUCUGUUCAUCCACUUGGGAAAUGACCCAGGUGAUAUAAUGGGGACGAACUCAGGAGAUCUGGUGCUGCCAAAGAACAGCUUGCUGCAUAAGGAGCUGCAGGCUUACACGGAGCUGAUGCACUGGUGUAAAGUGAUGGAUCGUAAAGCGUACACGGCACUAUGUAAAGUCUAUACUAAUGCCCUGGGCAAACUUUAUGAGAGAGAUAUUAAACAUUUCCUCGAUGGUGCUAAACAAAAUGUAUCUGGGCAUCCAGGUGGUUCGAAGGAGGACCUGUCAGCGGCAAAGCGGCAGGCGAAAGAGUCGAAGGCGGGAGGUGGCAGUUCAGGAGGCGGCAGUGGGGGUGGCCAACUGCUGGGGGUGGAGCGGGAUCAGUGGGGGGCCGACCACGAGCCCAGCGAGCGAGCCAGGUUCGACCAGGUGCUCGAACGAGUGCUCGCCCAACUCGAACCAGUUUGCCUCUCCGAACAGAACUUCUGUGUCUCCUUCUUCCAGCUCGAUGUACUCAGUCCUACCACCAAGAAUACCCAGACCACUUUGGAUGGCAUCGGUUUGGACAAUAGGCUUGAGAGUGAACCAGUGGCACUUCCUCAGAAAAGGAUAGAAAAGCAAGUGAAUGAAGAAGUGAGACGGAUGAUGGGUGACAUUUUCGGAUGCAUCGAACCGGAACUGGUCAACUUCAUCAACCAUCAUGAGAGGAUUGAUAGCAUCUACUGUAUGCAUGCUCUGGUGAGGUUGAGCCAGCAUGUGAUGUCAGCCCAAGAUGCCGGCUCAUUUCUGAGCAAAACAUUCGGCUCAGUUCUGGUGCAAGUCAAACGAAGCUACGACCGAUACAUGCAAGCUCAGCUCAAAUCCAUCCAAGACAUUCGAGUCAACAAGAAGAGCAAGUGUGGAAUCCUACCGUUUGUUGCUAAUUUUGAGGAAUUUGCAAAAACAUCAGAAUUGAUAUUCAAUAAUUCAGAAAGAAGAACAGAUCUGGACAAAUGGUAUGUGCGCUUGGUGGGUGCCAUGUUCGAAGUCAUUCCGUUGAUUGCUGCUGAACACCAGAAAACGCCUCAAGAAGUUGUUAAAAUGGAAAACUUCCAUCAUCUGUUCGCCCUCCUGUCACAAUUGAAAAUUUCUGUGCUCGAUGCUCAACGAAAGGAAGCCAAGCAAAAGUAUAAUGACGCUCUCAAAGCUUAUGUGACGAGAUAUUUUGGACGACCCUUGGAGAAAUUGAAUCAAUUUUUCGAAGGCGUGCAGGCGAAAGUAUCUCAGGGCGUGAAAGAAUCGGAAAUUAGUUAUCAGAUGGCAUUCAGUAAGCAGGAACUGAGAAAAGUUAUCAGGGAAUAUCCCGGAAGAGAGGUGAAGAAAGGCCUCUAUGAUUUGUAUCGCAAAGUAAACAAGCAUCUCUGUGAGGAAGAAAACCUCUUGCAGGUUGUUUGGAGAGCGAUGCAAGAAGAAUUCAUCCAACAGUACAAAUACAUCGAGGAAUUGAUACAGCGCUGCUAUCCGGGCUCUAUGAUAACUUUAGACUUUUCCAUCGAGGAUAUUCUCCAGUUUUUCUCGGAAAUUGCUCGCUCCCAUUAGAUUAACUAAUUAAAAAUAGUUGAAUCUGUAAAUAAUUUAUUAGAAAAUACUUUUAUUUAUUAUACUGUUCAAAAGACUGGAGAUGAAUGAAUGAUGAGGGAAAAUAUUUAUUCUUCUAGUUAUCUUGUAAAACCUUAGAAUCGUCAGUCCUCACUUAUCAAUAUUGUUGAAGUUGAAUAUCGCUUUAAUACUGUAAUUUAUUCUCAGUUUAAUAUUUAUUAUCAUAGUGUAUGGAACCCUAUAUAGUUUUGAAUUAGAUAAGUAAUCUGUUUUAGUAUUAUAAUCAUUACUGUUUUGUUAUAUUUACUCAUCAUCAUCAAUAAACCGGGUAUGAAUAGUCAAUUCUUAUCUAUCAGGAGCAUAAUCCACCUCAAAGACAAGAAGCUCGCAUUUCAAUAGAUUUAUAUUUGAAGAGUCUAACAUUUUCCCGAUGUUAAAAAACCUUCAGUCAUAAGUGCAAUAAAUCAUUAUAUCCCGUUGAACAAUAGAUUCAAAUUGAAAAUAAUUAUUAUCAAUAACCAGAUUUAUUCAGGUAUUUUAUUCCAUGUAUUAUUCCAGAACAAAUUAAUAUUGUAUUGUUAUGUAUUUUUAAUUUAUUUCCUAUUAUCGGUACCUGUAUUUUGCACAAGUCAAACAGAAAACAUUGAAAUUGUCAAUAAGCAUCCCACUACGGAAGGAUGUUGGUUUUUGAAAGGAAUAUAUUUCUUAAUUUGUUUCAUGUAUCCCAGUCUGUUCUAACCGUUACUUCUCAAUAAAUAUAACCCUAACGUAAUCAAUAAACAAUAAAUAUUUUUAAAUUUACAAACAGACUGCUGGCGUAUAUUGUUAAAAUUGACGAAGCAAAACCUAAGUAACAAACAUACUUUUUUAAUUCAAAUUUAUAGUUUAUUGAUGAAGUAAAACAUCCAAUAAUGGAUAUUGACUUAAUCUGCAGAUUCUGUGCUUCAAGAAACGGGCGUUCAAAAUAUUCUUGAGAAAAAACUGGGAUACAUCGAAAAAGUUACAAAAUACAUCCCUUUAAAAAUUUAGAGAAUUAUGAACUUCCAUCCAAGAUAUGGUUUUCCUGCGAUGUUUACUGACUUCUUUUUGACUUGAGUACAAGUAUAAGAAACGGUCUUGAAAAUUAAUAACGACUAUACCUAUAUUUUAUUUAUGUUGAUAAAGAUUAGAUCAUUGGUUAAUUAGUUAUUAAUAAUUUUUAAUUAGUAUUUGAACGCAAUAAACAAAUUUAAUUUCCAA